AUGACACUACUCUACGACGCUCAACUACUUACACUCUAUGUUGGUAUUUGUCUCUUUAUCGCAUGUGUUAUUGGAAAUGGAAUUAACAUUCUGGUCUUCUCUAAACUUCACAUGUUUCGCACAAAUCCUUGUGCAUUCUACUUCCUCAUGGGUUCUAUUGACAACAUGUUCUAUGUUUGUUUCAAUCUUCCGAUUCGUAUCUUAAGCGACACUUAUCGAAUUGACACAUAUCGAGGAUCUGAUAAUAACUUAUGCCGUGUNCUCCGUGGUCAGGUCUUAGUCACAUCAAAAAGUGCCUAUCUUCGUAGUCGUAGUCGAAUCGAAUGGGCACAUCGAAUAUCACUCGUUGUCAUCGUUUUCUGGUGUCUGUAUGGUGUUCACGUUUUCUUUUUGUAUCGUAUUUUACCAACUACCAAAACCUGUGGAAGUGACAAUCCUGCUUUGGCUAUCUACUCACCGAUCUAUCUGCUUGGCAUCAUCUGUGGAAUACCAGUAGGGAUCAUGACAUUGUUUGGUCUUUUGACUUAUCGAAACAUUCGACGAACAGUGCAUCUUGCUGAGUUACGGUUUGACCGUCAGUUGAUCCGAAUGACUUCUAUUCAUGUUGUGCUUGUUGCUGUGAGUUUGAUUCCAUAUGGGAUUAACAGAGCUUAUACUUUAAUUACAGCUGGAGUAGUCAAAGAUUCAGAUCGACUAAUGAAAGAAAGUUUCGCUACAACGAUGGUCACUCUUGGAACAUAUCUAUACUACGUGGGAAGUUGUUAUGCGUUCUCUCUAACAUCAAGUCGAUUUCGUCGGAUAGUCAAAAAAGAAAUUUUUGCUCGGUGUCGUAUGAGAAGAAUAGCACCUUCGUAG